AGGGUCGAAUCGAUUGUUUCCCGACGAGAGCAGUAUAGCAGCACGCAAGCUUAGACGUAGUAUAUAUAUAUAUAUAUAUAUAUAUAUAUAGCUUAUCGUUAAGCUCGCGUAGGUGGAGCAAUGUCAAUCCGGCGAUAAAAUUAAUUUAUGGUGUGCGACACACUCGAACAACGUUAAUCGCUGGGCUCUCGCACCUAUACCGAUAUCCGAGUGCGGUAUAAUACUCGCGGCGUGGGAAGUUCGACUCGCGAGUUCGAAUAACGUCCCGGCAUUGAUUUUUAACUCGUUCCAUAUCCUUACACGACUUAUCUAUAAUUAAACUAGAGAUUCGCCUGGAGGCGGUAUAGCAGGCAUUUUUCCAGUCGUGCUCUCGCAUCUUGAACCGAUCAAGCGGUACGUUUGAAGCAGUUGCACAAAUGUAUUCCGAAUCAUGAAAUGGACUUGCUCCCGAUGAAAAUGCAUGCCCGCGAUUUUUUCGAUAACUAUCGAGUGUGGUAUAGAAAGCUCUGAAAUUCGCGCGGUCGUUGUUACGAGAGCAGUAGGAUAAUCGAUAUCUAUCGAUUUCGAGCUGCGCUGGAAUGCAGCGUUAUUCGCUAAAUGCUUUAUUAUUUACGCGAGCGCGAUAUGCAGCUGUAAUCAUAUCGCCAUCGAGCUUUCGCGCUCCGUUAAAAUUUCAAGCUCGUUUUAAAUUAAGGGCGCCUGCAUCUUCUUUUUUUUUCUUUUUAUUUCGAAACUUUGGCUGUUAACAAUUUUACAAUCUUCGGAGUUUGACAAAGUUGGUCGUUAAUUUCUUCAGCGAAGUUUCAUUAACCAAGCGCCCCCUGCAAGUUCAAUAAUUGAACUCGCGACCGUAUAUGCGCGGUCGUUAAUAUUUAAAUCGCUAGUAAAAACAGAUAGGUAUACGCGGAUUAAUAGAGCCGAAUGAAUUUGAAUUGGAGUCGCUAUUGUAUACUUUGCGCGGCGCGAAAAAAAAAAGAAGUCGAGGGAAAAUUAAAUCGGUAUCAUGUUAUGUGACCGCGAGAACUAUGCUUAUAAGAAUAUGCACCGAAAAGGAUAGGAAAAAAUAAAGAGAGAGAAUAGAGCGAGAUGAUCCACUGACCUACAUUUCACGUCGGCUCCUCGCAUGUACGUGUGUACGCUCGCAUAUAGAUAUAGUCGCGCACGUAGGGCUGCAAGUAUACAGAUUUAGGACAGGCAUCCGUCCAAUCGAUUGGACACAGCGAGAGAGAGAGAGAGAGAGAGCUAUACCUUUUCUAGACGCGUCCGUGGGUGCGCAGACACGCGCGAGAUGUUUUUUCGCUCGCAGCUCUUCUUCGUUUUCGCAAUUUCUUUUUCCUCCGCGCAGCUAUCCCGCUAUGGUAAUUUUAGAGCCGUUUGACGAUAAGCAUCGAGGAAUUCCACUUCAAAACACUCGGCCUAUAAACUUGUACGAGAGCCAGAGCUCCGCCGUACACUGCACAUAUAUAUCUAUAAACAGCGGAUCGAAAAUGAAUUUAAAUUCUUCGCAACUCGCGGGCUGCGCGAUAGGAUUAACAAAAACGCGCGCGCGCGCGCGCAUCCCGAUGUCAAUCGAAAUGCAAAUUCGGCCGGCGAAAGAUUUUUUUUAUUCGAAACGCCGUGUCCAAUCAAUUAGCUCGGCGGAUGUUGAUCGGUAAGCCAACGCGAUACAGGGAGACAAGUUCGAGCCUUCUGACCGCCGCCUCGCGGUUUACCACCGACGGUAAGGCAGGAAUCGCGCUCGCGCGUGAUUUCCCUCUAUACCGGCAUCUUGGGCGCUCUCGAUCGCAACAGUUGGGAAUCGGCUGGGUAAAUUGAAGCUUUUUAUACCCGAUUGCAGCGCUGAGCGCUCGUCGUAUCGCGUUUCAAAGUAUAUAGAGUGCAUCGUUCCGUGAAAUUUUGGCUUGAAUGAGAGAUUUGUGCGAUUUUUCGUUGACAUAAAGCUCCUUUAAUUUUUCGAGCCCCCGUGUACAUUUUCAAACCGGUGGAAUACGUAAUGGUAACAGCGCCAUGCUUUUAAUAGUCGAGAGCACGGCUCGUCAAUAUUUGGAAAUGCCAAUUUUUCGCCGCUUGAUUUACGCUAUAAACUAUUAACGAGGCUCGACUGGUGUCAGCUCAAGCCACAAUGGGGGUCAAAAGGUGAGAGGGUAGACGACCUGGUUUUCGCCGUUACAAGGAAUCUCUGAACUAUAAAAGGUUUAGCGCAGCUGUAUACGCUAUGUACGCACGCGCGUGUUAUAUCGUAAUUUCUUUUUCAACUUUUCACGGUACGCCGUAUUCUCAAGCGGAAAAUAAUUCAGCGACUCUGCGGUCCGGCUUGAGAGAAUUUCUCAUAUGCAACAAAUAUAUUGCCGUAUAUUUCUAAUGCGAACACGACCUAUUACACUUGCAACUGCCAGGCCAUUUCAUAAUCAGUUUUAAUCCCCGUUUUAUCGCUCGUACGGCUCCUGACUAAAUCACGAGGUACGAGAUCAAUGGCUGGUGGUUAAACAUUAACGGCUGCGCGAGCUUCAUUGCCAAAUAUCUCGAGCAAGUAUACCAUAUUCUCUCUUCACUUUGACAAUGAAAUUGAUGAAAUUUCAAAUGCAAAUCGAAGGAAAUAAACAAGAAAAUAUAACGUGACUUAUCGCGGCUCUGUCGACAAUGCUACGAAAUUCCUGCGAGUCUGUAGAUCGAGCCUUGCAAGAAAGAGACGUCAUGUUUCCGCGCGUAAGAAAGUUAAUUACAUUUCCCCCGUGCGGCGAUACUUUUUGAGUUUGGAAAAGUCCGAGGCAAUUAGCGGAAUUCCGUCAGGAAUAAGCGACGUUCCUCGCUUGUUUAUCGCUUUUUACACUAAGUUUCGCCCGCGAGUAUAAGCGCGUGCUGGACGUUUCCGCGAAAAAUCAGUGUUCUCCGUGCGAUAUUCAGGGUCAUCAAACGGGACGACGGCGUCGAUCCACGGAAGCCCGGUACUCUAACGAAAUCUCUCUCGUCGCGGCUACAUCGAUCGCGGCGGCAAAAGUGUUGGGCAAUUUUCGGCGCUGCAGGAGUUAGGUCAGCCCCCCCGUGUGUGUGUGUGUAAAAACCCCUCCCGCGCAUCCGGCGAGAAUCCAGGCUUGAAUCGGCCGCAUGAUCUCUGGUUGGCCCCUGCGUGUAUCCUGCAGGUGUAUCGCAGACAUAUAGCUGCUGCUGCUGUGCCACCCCUACCUUGCUAAAAGGCUAAAAGGCGGCGUCAGGUAUGUACAGGGGGUCGGGCGCGCAGUCGAGAGCACAGAUAUAGACUGUCCCCUCUUCUCUCCGACUCGCAGUGUUUCCAGCGCCCCACCAGCUGCGGAUGCGGCGGGGGCGUGCAGCAGCACAGCGAGCGUUCUCCAGAUCGCCGCGAGUUCCUGCUCAGGCAGUCCUGCGGCCGGCGCCCGGCAGUAGACAGGCAGCACUGCCUGUCGCGCUCUCUCUCUCUCCCUCUCGAUAUCGCACCGCUCUUCGUCCAUCCCCACCAUCGUCCAGGAGGCAGUGGAAGAAGAAGAAGAAGAAGAAGAAGAAGAAGAGAGAGAGGAAAGGAGCUAACGCGUGCGACGAGAGACUUUUUCUAUACAAACCCGUCUCAGCCCGGCUGAUCGCAGCAAGCAGUCCGUCGUCGACAUUCGGUCGAUCCUCACGCGCGCGCUCUUUCUCCGUCCGUCUCAGUGUCUCAGUGAUCGCACGAGUCCGCGGUGCAGUUGCCCCCUUGUGUGCAGCAAGAGGCUUCACGAGAGCAUAAACGUCGCCUGCGACCGGUCACCGGCGCUGCGACUCUCAAUUACUAUAGGGAGGGCGAAGGAGGCGGCGGUGGGGGCGGCGGGGGUGGCCGAGGUGGCUCGGGGGGAGCUGCUGCUGGCGUCGGCGCCGGCGGAGGAGGAGGAGGAGGAGGAGGGGGAGGGCCAGGAGGGAGACGGGCGCCGAGUCUGAGGCUGGUGAACGGACGCACGACCACCGGCGUUGGGCUGCACACGAGCAGCACCGAGUCCAUACGCUCGCCCCAUCAUCAUCUCGGAGCGCAACACUCGACGGCCAACAACAGCGUGAGCAACGGCGCCCACAUCUAUCACCACGUCGGCAUCAAUCCGCCCAGCGUCAACCACAACAACAACAAUCAUCCCCGAUUGAACAAGGAUGACAGCAUCAAGAUCAGCAUCGAGAACACCAACACCUGCACGGACAGCCUCGUCACCGCGCUAGACGACGAGACUCUUCUCAUUACCGAUUUCCUCGGCGAUACAGGCAACGAGAUGAAUUACAAGGGGAGCGGCAAAGUCCAUUUCGGAGUGGACGAUGUCUCCCUCUACGGGACUCCGAAGGAGGAGCUGGGCCCGGGCCUGCCGGGCCAGGAAGUCAAGCAGAGCUUCAUCAAGAACCAACUGCAGGCCCUGUUCCAGCCGACGGACAAUAAGCUGGCCAUGAAGCUCUUCGGCAGUAAGAAGGCGCUCAUGAAGGAGCGGAUCAGGCAAAAGGCCGCGGGUCACUGGGUCAUCCAUCCUUGCUCCAGUUUUCGGUUUUAUUGGGACUUGUGCAUGCUUCUUCUUCUGGUGGCCAACCUAAUCAUUCUACCGGUCGCUAUUAGUUUUUUCAACGACGAUUUGAGCACACGGUGGAUAGCCUUCAACUGCCUUUCCGAUACAAUAUUUCUUAUAGACCUCGUAGUCAACUUUAGGACCGGCAUCAUGCAGCAGGACAACGCUGAGCAAGUGAUAUUAGAUCCAAAGUUAAUCGCAAAACACUACCUCAGGACAUGGUUUUUUCUCGACCUCAUCUCCUCCAUACCGUUAGAUUAUAUUUUCCUCAUAUUCAAUCAAUUUCAGGAUUUCAGCGAGUCCUUCCAGAUUUUGCAUGCUGGUCGUGCCCUCAGGAUUCUCAGGCUAGCGAAACUCCUGUCGCUCGUUAGGUUACUUCGAUUAUCGAGACUCGUACGUUAUGUCUCGCAAUGGGAAGAGGUCUAUAUCCCCCUUUACCAACAGCCGGAGAGGCACUACGAGCGUCGGGCUACACCGCCCCAACCAGAUCGAACCAGCAAGGUGUGCCUUCCUGCCAAUACGCUAAAACCCACAAGCAAUAACCGGAGGCCCGCUAAUACGGCCCCUCGCACUUUUGCUCUCUUGAAUAUGACAAGCAUAUUGCAGAACCUACAAAAAAAACGCACUGAGCGGAGGGGGCGCCUAAGCUCUGACAAUAUGAAUAAAAAGAAGUCUGGUUUCAGCAAAAGCGACCUUAUUUUUAAGUUCCUGAACAUGGCGUCGGUGUUCAUGCGGAUAUUUAACCUGAUAUGUAUGAUGCUCCUGAUCGGUCACUGGAGCGGCUGCUUGCAAUUUCUCGUACCGAUGCUGCAGGGCUUUCCUAGUAACUCGUGGGUGGCCAUUAACGAGUUACAAGACUCCUUCUGGCUGGAGCAGUAUUCGUGGGCUCUUUUUAAGGCGAUGUCCCACAUGCUGUGCAUAGGAUACGGGAGAUUCCCGCCGCAAUCACUGACUGACAUGUGGCUGACGAUGCUGAGUAUGAUCAGUGGUGCCACGUGCUACGCUCUCUUCCUUGGCCAUGCGACGAAUCUCAUCCAGUCUCUCGAUUCCUCCAGGAGACAAUAUCGCGAGAAGGUUAAACAAGUGGAGGAAUACAUGGCCUACCGUAAACUACCGAGAGAAAUGCGACAGAGAAUAACCGAAUACUUCGAACACCGCUACCAGGGCAAGUUCUUCGACGAGGAGCUCAUUCUCGGCGAGCUCUCGGAGAAGCUGAGAGAGGACGUCAUCAACUACAACUGCAGAUCGCUCGUGGCGUCGGUGCCCUUCUUCGCCAACGCCGAUUCGAAUUUCGUCUCGGACGUCGUGACGAAACUCCGCUACGAAGUCUUCCAACCGGGUGACAUUAUAAUAAAGGAGGGCACGAUCGGCUCGAAGAUGUACUUCAUCCAGGAGGGCAUAGUCGACAUCGUGAUGGCCAACGGCGAGGUGGCGACGUCCCUCUCGGACGGCUCGUACUUCGGCGAGAUCUGCCUGCUGACGAACGCGAGGCGCGUCGCCUCGGUUCGCGCCGAGACCUACUGCAAUCUCUUCAGCCUCUCGGUGGAUCACUUCAACGCGGUACUGGAUCAGUACCCCCUGAUGCGCCGUACCAUGGAGAGCGUUGCCGCCGAGAGGUAUAAGCUUUGGCUAAACAAAAUCGGCAAGAAUCCGAACUUGGUAGCGCACCGCGAAGAGGAUCUUGGCAGCGAAUCAAAAACGAUAAACGCUGUUGUGAACGCCCUGGCGGAGCAAGCGGCGCACGCCAGUGCCAGCGAGGAAUCGGUCCAUAGUAUGGAGCUCCGAUCGUUGCCGACGUGCCUCCUACCCAGGCCGAAGUCGGAGAACAACUUCGCCAGUCAGGAGCUGACGCGAGAGGGCCGUAGGGUAUUCCACAAGAGCGACACCUUCCACAAGGACUCGUAUCAAUGACGACACUCGUACUACUAGCCCGUGCAGCGGUACUAAAGCAUAGUCGCCGUCUGCUCUGAACUUCCUCGGCGACUACGUGAUUCACGGGAUUCCCACAAGUUUGCGCACAUGUCUCUCCCUUCGAUACGCGAUAUAUACAUAUAAGGGAAAUUAAACUACUAGAGUAAUGGUGCAGUAAAUGAUUUUUGCUAUGAUCGACACGUACACAUACCCACAUGCACACGAACAAAAGCCGCAGUUAUAGAGUCACACGAUUAUACAAGUAAAUAAAGGACGAGUAUACGUAGCUCUCUCUAUACAUAUAUCCAAAGCGACGAUUGACGAGGCGGCGAUGAUCGCAAGAGCAAACGAUGAGUGAUAUCAAAAAGUAAAUACGCACCGCCCUCACUCGGUCACGAUGCUUCAAUGCGACUACAUAAACGAAGAGGGAGAAGCGACAAACUGAUUCAACAGUACCCCCCGAGGGAGUCCCGUGAGUGUGCUCCUCCUGCGAAAUAAAGUGUCUCUUCUGUGUGGAAAAUCCAAUCCGAAGAUUUCUACGAAGAAUCAUCGAAAUCCAACUCUGAGGAGGAGUCUUUAGUACUGCUGGACUAAUAAUAAUUCAUGGGUAUAACGUACAAUGCCUAAGCUUUCGAAAGCUCUCCAUUGUUUGAACCCUGUAAAAAGUAACUCCGCCAAAAUGAAGAAGUGUGCGUUGUGAUGUUGCGCGAACGAAUUCUGUGUUCUUUUUCGAUCGUUAGUUCUUUGAAAACCAAACAAACUACAGAAAAUAAAAACACAUGUGCGACCAAAGUUAUCAAUUCGAUCAAGUGCAGAAAAGACGAGAGAGAGAGAGAGAGAGGAAGACUCUUCAUUCUUUUUCGAGAAAACAAAAUUGUACACACACACAGACACACACGAAUAUACUAACGUUCAUAUUAAAUAUAUGCGAAGAAGAGAGCAGAGGCCUACGAAACAAUUAAGAGAAGGUGUGAGUUCAUAUGUGUGCGUGGGUGUUAUUCGGUGGGUGGAUCAGAGAGCGUGGGUGCUGCGCGCGCGCGACGAUGCACGUGGGCGAUUCUACGGAUCGAGAAAAGGAUAUUAAACGAGGGAGAAAUAUUAUACGGUACGUUAUUAGAUACAGUUAGUGAGAAAACAAAUAAUUGACGCACGAUUUUAUAUUCACAAAACAUGCAUAUAAGUAUAUUAUAAUAAAAUUGAUGCUAUGACUAUAUAAAAAUGAGAUAAUUAUUGCAAAAUCGUUCGGUUCCGGCUUUGGCAAGGAUUAUUGCAGUAGCCGCUUUCGUUUAUGUUUCGCUGAGAGUACACUUGACGGAAUGAACAGCUGGUGCAAGUAAAAUAUUUGCCUGAAUUCUUUUCCUGAAAAUCUUCCGUUUGCAGGAUUUUUCAAAAGUUUAGACGAGUUCAGCCAGAACUUUUAUUCCCCGAGUGUAUAUCACAGACCUAUGUACAAAAAAAUGAAGCAACUCUUAAUAAGCUAAUAAAUCUUGCAAUACUCGAAAAAGAAAUGGCGAAUGAAUACCUACGAUCCUACAGAAGAAAGGUACUUUUAUGUGCUCAUAGUCGUCAGGUUAUUUGGUUUACAAUUGAUAUUUGUAAAUUUACCUUUUUCGAGAUUUCUAGAAUAUCGCGAUGAUUAUUAUAUGUUCAUAUACCUGAUUUCCAUUAACGUGAGAUUUGAAUAACUCGUUUGUUGGCAAAUUCUUUUCACUAAUGUAAGCAUCCUCUUAGAGUGAUAAAAUGAUAUUAUAGGUGGUACUAUUUACAUUAUUUUGUAAUGUGCAAAGAGAUUAUUGUACUGUCGAAGAAAUUUUGUAGCAAACUUUAGUAAAGAAAACGUACGAAUGUCAAUUGUGAACAUAAACUAGUUGAAUUUAAAGAAGUAAACGGUAUCCGAAAGACCGUCCUUAAUUAUAUCGGAGAAAAAUAUGAAUCUAUAGGCGCUGAUGAAACUAACAUAAAAACCGAUUGAAGAAGAAGCAAAUUUAGUUGAUGCAUGGGAGAGUGUAAUAUCGUAAUGACGCUAAAAGCCCAAAGACCGUGUUACCUUGUUGUGUGUUCUUUGGGCUUUCAAGAUGAAUAUGUGGGGGGCAAAAAUUGAGGGAUUUAAUAAAACCACAUUAAUGCCAAGCAUAGAAACGGAGUCUUUAUACAAGAUGAACGAUUGCUAUGUACUAUAAAACAGAAAUGAUAAAGCUAUAAAUACUAUAAAUACUAUAUAAAUAUAUAUAUGAUAAGUUAUUGUUAUUAUUAUGAUUGCAAUGAUUACCAAACAUUACUAUAUUAUUAGACAAAUUAUAAAUUUAUAAAUACGAUAUAUAUUAUAUAUUAAUGAAAGAGAAUAUGUAUAGUAGUAAACAAGGGCACGUUAUCGCUGAAUGAGCAUAUUAAAAGUUUAUCGUACAGAUCAUUGACAAGUUUUACUUUAAAGAUGCAUAUAAUCGCAACAUCCUGUAAUAAUAGAUUAGGAUUUCUUUGUCAAACGGGGUGCAAACGUGAGAAGCCAUUAAAAUUUCCCGCUUUGAUUUGAAUAGUAGUAAAAUGAAUAAAUAACAAUGCGAUAAGUGAAUAUAUGACUCGCACACCCCUUCAAUAUAUUACACAAUAAAGAAAUCUCUAUUGGAUGAGAAUAAAAUUAAACAAGUAUAAUGCUAUUAUAUGUAUCGACAAAAUAAAUUUGCAUAGUAUUUCUAUGCAAAUAUUAUUAUCACUGACAUGAUUUAAAAAUAAGGGAAAAUUCGGCGCUUGUCGUUCUUUUGGUAGAAAUGAGUUCAUCAAGAGAUGCGUAUUAUUGUUUACAUGCAGUCAUUUUUCUUUGCAAUAACAACAUCAUAUUCACUCUGUUGAGGAAAAAAAAAUGUUCAAAUGAAACGAAGAAAAGGGAAAAAGCACAAGAUUGUUUUUAUUAUUUAUAAUAUGCGGUGCAUUCAUAUCUUUACGAUAACAUAUAACUUGCAUAUAAUGUAAAUACGUCCUAUACGCGAUAAAAUUAUUGAGAUAUGAUCAUUUGCACACGUAAAUAAAAAUACAAUUAUACAUAUGUAACAUACACGAACACACGAAUGAGAAGAAAUAUAUAAUACUUAUUUAUUUCCUUUUUUUUCGUAAAAAAGUGAUAGCUCUUAUGCCUUCAUUUUUGCAUCCCUGCAUUCGCCUUGAAAUAUUUGACGGUAAGAGAAACACUGUUAACUAUUAAAUAACAGAAAAAAGUAUCGCAAAAACAUGCUACUACUAGUACUACUACUACUCUGCAACUACU